UUUUGGUUUUCCUUGGUAUUCUUAUUGUUUUACAAUUCUGUGAUGACUUUUGAAAAACAACUCACUGACGUUCUCCUUCUAAAAAAUCGAAUAAACUUCAGAAAAACGAAAAAAAAAAAACACAACAAACGACGUUAGAGAUUCGUGGAUCCGUUACUUUUGUGGGAUGUCAGCACAAUACCUCCAAAUGUGCUUAAUAAAACAUCAGGAAUUAAGACAAAAAUAUUUUUGAUAGUCAACCUUCUGUGCCAACCACAAGGUUCGCCAACUGCAGUUUUACUAACCCGGGGCUCUGGUGUGUGAGUAGGAAGGGGACCGACAGACGUGGCGGGCAACCAAUUGGCUGCUAGACUUAAACGAGAAUCCUGUUCUCUGCAGCAAUUGAAACAGAGCAGGGGAGGGACUUUGCUUCUCAGAUCCCGAUUCAAUCAGUCCAGUUUCAAUUAGUUACAGAGCUAAAGCACAAAAGAACGGGCAAAUAACAGAUAUUUUGCAACAGAAAUGGUACGGCUUGAGGCUAUGCGCCGCACGCAGGCGGUCGUUUUUCAAGGAUGAGUUGAAGAGACUCCGCGUUGGAAGCUGAUGUACGUAGCCAUAAUAAACAUUCUUUCUACAUUAAGCGAUUGGUCUUGAUCCGUUUUCAUAUAUUUGACUCUCGGCUGUGCAGAAGGGGCAGCAAAUUGCUGGUAAGGAGGGCGCUAAUGUAUCUUGAAGACAGGCCUUUUUAGUCUUUUCUUAAGAAACCAGCAGCAACUUGCACUUUAAUGGAUGCAUUCUUGUUUUAUUUUCAUGUUGAAUGAGGAGCCUUGCGCACUGCAGUAAACCAGUCGCUUUGCAUUGUAUUUGGAUGGUAAAUCUGGCGUUGAAUAAGCAUUUCUGGAUUAUCUAACCUGCGGGCUUUCGAAUUUUUCAUGUGGAGACGCGCUGUGCCCCCACCUUAAACAUAACAUGCUUUAAAUAUUGAAAGCAGAAUUGGAAUGUAACGGCCCGCCUUUUGAUUUCAUAAAUGAAAAGCAAACACUAUCAACAAUUUAAGUUUGCACCUUGGGAAAAGGAUGCAAGCUUCGGGAGAAAGCUCAAAACCUACCGAAAUCGCACCAAAAUAAUUGCUCAUCCAGGUCUCGUGAUGAAAGUAUUACGCAGAAAAAGGAUUGUUUUGUUUAUAGCCUACUUUUUACUGCUCAUUUUAACCAUGCUGAACCUGGCGAACUACAAAUGGACUAAAGAACCGCAGCAGUGCAACCACCAGAUGAGAAGCACUCCGUAUCAGAGCAGAUCCGAUAUCCGCUUUUUGUACAGACCAUCCGUGGUGAAGAAGAGACAGCUCGUCUAUGUCCUCACUACUUGGCGGUCUGGAUCUUCUUUUUUUGGAGAACUGUUUAACCAAAACCCAGAGGUUUUCUUCUUGUACGAGCCCAUGUGGCACAUCUGGCAGAAAUUGUACCCGGGGGAUGCGGUUUCUCUACAAGGGGCAGCCAGGGAUAUGCUUAGCUCCCUGUACCGGUGUGAUCUUUCCGUUUUUCAGCUGUACAACACUCCCGGGGGCAAGAAUGUUACUUCUCUCGGGCUUUUCGGUGCAACCCUCAACAAGGUAAUCUGCUCUUAUCCUCUUUGUUCCGCAUUUAGGAAGGAUGUCGUGGGCAUGGUGGACGACAAAGUGUGUAAAAAGUGCCCCCCGCAGAGCCUGAGGAUACUAGAGGACGAGUGCCUCAAGUAUAGUACUGUGGUGAUAAAGGGGGUACGCAUUUUGGAUGUCAAUGUCUUGGCACCACUGAUGGAAGACCCCUCUUUAGAUCUGAAGGUGAUUCACCUGGUCAGAGAUCCGAGGGCGGUGGCAAAUUCGAGGAUCAAAUCGAGGCACGGGUUGAUCCGUGAAAAUUUACAAGUGGUGAGGAGCAGGGACCCCAAACUUCGUAGGAUACCAUUUGUGGACCCCAAUCACAAAGUAAACAAAAAAGAAGGGUCCGAUUACCACUCGAUCGGGGCGAUGGAAGUUAUUUGCGAUCGGACCUCCAAGACAUUACGAACUGCUUUGAACCCACCCCACUGGCUCAAGGGGAAAUAUAUGACAGUGCGUUAUGAAGAUUUAGUUGAAGAUCCCGUUAAAACGGUUCGGAAUGUUUACCGUUUUGUAAAUCUGUCUGCUAACCACGACAUAGAGUCGUUUGCCCUCAACAUGACGAGCGGUACUAGCUCAUCUUCAAAGCCAUUCAUCGUUUCCUCUAGGAAUGCCACACAGGCGGCCAGUGCAUGGAGAACUGUGUUAAGUUUUCAACAGAUAAAACAAGUGGAGGACUACUGUCAUCAUUCAAUGGCCAUGCUAGGGUACGAACGUGUAAGAACAGCUGGAGAGGUAAAAGACCUGAGCAAAUCUUUACUGACAGUUCCCAGGCUGUGAACACAAAUCCACCAAAGACAAUGCGGUGCAUAGACGUUUUAAGUUUAACAGAGCACUGCUGUUCGUGGAACUCAAAAAUUGAAGCUUUAUUUAAAAAAUAAACCGUUAAAUGCAUCUGCGAAUCACACGGGAAUGUAUUUUUUUUUAACUCAAGAACUGCGGUGUUAUGGGACCACUACGCAUUUAGUUUGACAGUGAGAACCCUGUUUAAAUGGGGCAGCAAUGAAAGAGAGGGAUCAGUGAAAGCGACCACAGAAAAACGUCUUGCAGUGUAUAAGAAUGAGGAGGGGGUGUUAUGAAAACAUACUCUGUAUAAGGAUUUGAACAGAAGCCCAGAAGACUUCUACACCUUGCUACGGUAUGUACAUGUGACUCUUACAGUAUGUCGCUCAGAUUAAUUAGCUUUCAGAUUUCAGAACAACUUCUUCGGAAAAGGGAUAGAAACAUACACAAGGCUGUGAAGCAAUAUUCAUUUCAAGAAACUAUGAAGUUUACCAGAAGCGUAUGAGACAACAGAAACGAAAAAAAUCACAGGAACAUGAAGACACAUGUUUAUCUGUUAAAUUCAAAUGAAUUUUAGAUUGUAAAAGUCACAAUGAAACACAUCUCUCUUGCUCACUUACAUUGGGGUCUCUAGCUGUGCCAGUGUUUCAAGAUUAAAAGCUAUAAUACUCGCACACCAUAAUUUACUUUGGUAGGUGUUCCUUCAAAUUCUAUUUAACCAGAAAAGAAAAACAGAAAAAAUAACGAGAGUAAAAGCAAUACAGUCCUUAUCGGAACUAGAAUAAAAAUUAUAGGGUUGUUUUUUGGGAAAUUAUGGGUUUAUCUGCACAAUAGAACAAUAGACUAUUAGAAGAACCUUCUACAGCAGAAUACUGUGCACAAAAGCUGCUGAAAUCAAACCUAUAAUUUAAAAGUUAUUACUGACACCUAGGAUACAUUACCUAACUUUUCUAUUUCUGGUUGUUUUAAUCUUCUUGAUUUUAAGGUUUUAUUUUAUUUUAAGCUAAGAUGGUGUCAAAUUUUUGCAUGUAGGAGUAACUCUGAAGAAUAACUGUGUAUAAAAUAUUCAAAACAUAAUCAGAUGAACAGCUUCCAGUGUAUGCCUAUAUUAUAUACUGUAUUAUGAAGGGGUUAAAUAAAAUCAACAUAACCAUAAGCCUAAAGUAUAAAUGUUAGUUCUGAAUUUCCUGAUAAUUGGAAAUUGCAUGUUUUUAAACAGUUUACAUAUUCUGCACUAAAGCCUUGGAUGUCAGUCCUCUCAUUGAACCAGUGCUUGCUGCAGUUACUAUGGUAACUCAGGACAAGAUGCCCUAGAAUAUGAAUGGGGCCAGACCAACUGGGACAGAUGGUGUUAAUCAAAACCUUCUGGGAGAUGAAAAAAGGGAGAAGUGAACACUUAUCUUAAGCCUGUAUGUUACCAGAGGAAUGAACAGUGGUACAUUCUGUUUUCCCCUAAGAAAAAAAACAUUGGUUCUAUGCAGACAAUGGUCUUGGUGCAAAUACUUGACCCUCUGUCUUGCUUAACUGAGAAAUAAUUCACACACAUCUGAAAGUUAUACUCCCUGUAAUAUUGGCAUCUGUAGUUAAGUGUGGUUUGGGACAGACACGAAAUCUUCUUUAAACAAGGUCAGUGGAGGCUUUUUGUACAAGAAUAUGAAAUUUAAGAAAGGGGCUGAGUGCUCGACUAUAAGAUUCUGACCAAACUGGUAUAUACUGUAUCUGUUCUUGCAUUUCCCAUCAGAUACCGGCUUUCGGAUUUAUGGGCACCUGUAGUUCCUUCUCUGAGAGGUGGAGGAAGGACAGUAAUAGUAAUUGCACCUGUAAUAUAACUGACAAAAAUUGAUAGCUCCAAACUCCAGUGCUGUGGUGCUCACCAAUUUCCCAGGAUCACUUAUUCAUUGGAUGUCUAGGGCAUUCACUGUUAGCUUGGUAAAGAUUUAUAAAAAGACAACAUAUGUUUGAAAUUAAAAAUCCCCAAAUUUACAAAGUAUGAUAAUCUAGCAAAAAAAGACUAAUUAACACAGGAUAAUAUAUUAUUUUUUGCUUCUCUGUUUCUAGAGCAGGUCGUGGCAUAUGUAAUAUAGAAAGGAGGGCACAUGACAAGAAUGGUUAUAUACUGCAGCUAAUUUGCCAACAGUAAAGCAUCAUGGAUGUCCAGCUGGUAAAUGAACCUGACACCAUCUCAGUCAGAGACAAUAAAGGAAGUUGUACAAUCGUUUGCCCCCUGAGCCCAAGGCAAGGAGCUUCAUCUCUGGGGAGAAACCAGUGACUCAGCUCUGUUUGUUACUUGAAUUCUCAGCUCUGUGUCUUGUAGCACUUACCAGCACCUUUCUGUUCCUUCCUGACCUCUUAACCAGUGCAUCAACUAUCUGAUACACAGCCGAUAAAAAAUUAAAGAUACACAUUAAUUAUUAAGAACUGGAGAUAUUAAAUUGAUUUUAAUGCACUGGGAUCACUGCUUUGCUCAAGGCUAACCUGCCUGUCUGAGGUGCAUGCCCCACUGGGCUUUAAAAACAAAUCAGGUCCAUCUGCUCCUCUUUCGCUGACCUCCAACAUUCUCUGGCCAAUGCAUAAGGCUGGAGUCAGAGCCAACUUUAAACCAAAGAGGAGUCAGAAACUUUCUGUAUGCUAUUCCAGACUGUACGCAGAAGAGCAGAUGUCCACUGACAGGCCUGCCAAUUAGUUUUCUUUGCCCGUGAGACAUUGUAUUCCUGGUUGCUAAAGCACACAAAGUAUCAAUGGACAGACUGCUCAUCAGGAAGUUGGACUUCAUGGGGAAACUGCAGUAGUUUGGUGAUACGUGAGAUUAAUGAAUAUAUGGAUGAUAUAAUAAAAUUCAGAAACUGUGA